AUGGGGAAGAGACAACCUAUUUGUGACGUAGACUUCACAUUUGCUCCAAAAAUCAGUGAAGCCAGCAAGAAAAUAGUUUCGACUCGAGAGUCAAAGCAACCAGGGAUUCCGAAUUUUAUGUUAGAAACCAAGAGUAAACUGAAUUACAAGAAGCCUCUAGGUCCGAUUCCUGUCAAAGAGCAGAAAUUAGGAAAUAAGGAUACUGAAGGUGCUGCCAGUUCAAAACUUUCAGAAGACACAGAUAGCCAAGCAGUCUUAACAGAAAGAGAAAUAUUAUCAGAUAGAUUACCAAGAGAUCUGCCGUUUACGAUUGUCAGUCCAAGUUUGAUUGAUCCAAAAUUCAUAUCUGAAAUUGCUGGAGACAGCAAGAAUUAUAUGAUCAUAAAGAAACGACCCAGUUUUGACAGUUCUGCCGCAGAAAAUAAUGCCUUAACUUCAAACGCAAAUUUAGAUUCUUCAGUUUUCACUUUUAAACCCAGCCUUAGUAAUGCUAGUUUGAAAAUCGUUGAAAAUUUAAACAGUGAUUUUAUGUCAAGACAACAACAACAUCUUGAAAAUCAAAGAAAACAUGUAGAAAAAGCUGAUACAUUGUAUAAGAAGAGUGUAUCAAUUUCACCUCAGUCCAGAAGAAAUUCUUUUCGAGCUUCCAAAGAUCUUGAUAAAGAAUUGGAAAAUACUAAUUCAGACAACGAAAAUGAGAAAGUGGAUGAAGCUGAAUCUCCUGUAAACUCAGGUAUACAGUGUGGGACAAUCUGUGAAGAGGAAGAAGAAGAUAAGCCUGAACCUGAAGCUGUAGAGAGUUCGAAAGGUUUGGACGAAAUGCCAGCCGUCAACACUUUAGCUGUGGAUAGAAUGAAAACCACAAAUUCAGCCAAGCUUCAACGUCUUUUAGAGGGGCCUUAUGCAUCGCCUCAAGAUGUUCUCAAAGUUCAGCAGAAAACUCGCUUCAGUCACCCGGGCAUUAUUCAACGUCCAAUAGAUGCUGAUAAAGAAAAUGAGUCGCCAGCAUGUCUUUCACGAAGUAAAACUAUGCCCUCUAUUGCCAGAUCGAAAUUAGGGAGAAAGUUGUCUCUGAAUAAUGAGGGAGAGAGACUUAGAAAUGCUAAAGAGAUUGUUGAUAAGGCAAUUAAGUAUCGUAAAGUAUUCACAAUACAAGGUGGAUAUGCCAGUGUCAGGAACAGCCUGAGGAAAAGAGGGUGGGUAGAAAAGUUCUACAAAACAACAGGCUUCAACAAACGUCCCUCACGACCGAAACGUCGUAAACAGAACUCAGAUGAUUCAGACAGCGAUGGAGCUGCUGCUGAUAAUGAUGGGGCUGCAGCUGAUAAUGAUGAUGAUGAUGAUGCUGGAACUGAUGAUGAUGAUGGAACAGAUGAUGACAAUGAUGAACCUAAAAUUCCUCCAUGGGAAGAAGAAGAUGGCUUGUAUGGAAUUAUGUCACGAAUGGUGCGUAACGUGAACCCGCAAUUUUUCUGGGUGUUAAAAAGGGACGUAAUAGAUUAUCGUUUUUUAUUAAGAGAUCAGAUGGUUAACCAUUAUUGUAAAGCUGGUUCUUUUACUACCAAGGUUGGUUUAUGUGUUAAUUUAAGAAAUGUAAGAUAUUUUGAGAAUGUUGAUCAAGAUUCAUUUUGUCCGCGAUGUUACCGAUUAAGUCAUGAAGAGGAUAAAGAGGCCUUUAUUGAGGAUUAUAGAUUAUCAGCCUGUAUGAAUAUUGUCAAAAUCAUGCAUAACCAUAUCAUGGAGCUAAAUUUGAAAAAAUCUGAAAACAAUAUUGACAACUGUGCUGUUAUUAACAUAAACAGUGAAAAUCAAACAAUCGAGACCGUCAAGAAAGCCCAGAAUAAUGUCAGCAAGAUUCAGUCGGAAACACUGCCAGAAACUGACAAAAUCAAACCUGUGGAACCAAGUUGUAAAGAUCCCAAAUGUGCUGAGAUUACCAAAGAUGGAACCAAAUGUGUUCAUAUUCAAGAGGAUGAAUUAAAGAUUAAAGAAGAUGAGAGAAAGAAGGAAGAAAAGAAAAAUGAAGAAAUAAAAAAGGCAAAUUUAUCUCCGCCUGGAAGAGGCACUCCAUCUCAAUCAAAAAAUUCACCACGUAAUGUAAAGAAAAAGAAGAAGUCUGUAACAGUUCCAGUACAAGCUUUAGAAGUAGCUAUAUCUCAGUGUGAAAUUUUCCUACGAUUCAAAUUACAUGAAGAUAUAGACCUGCUGGAAGAGACUGGUAUAUUAAGCGAAAGUCAAUGGAAUCAGCUACUACAGUGGUACUAUCAGCUAGCUCAUGAUGAUGGAAUAAUUCCUACGGUCCCCCAGGCCCUGAUAGAUAAAUGUGAAGCAUUGAUGAAGAAGAUGCCCAGUAAAUGUCCCCAGUUUGAGUUAGAUGGGGUGAAGAACGUCUGGAUUGUUAAACCCGGUGCUAAAUCACGAGGACGUGGUAUUGUUUGUUAUGAUAAGUUAGAAGAUAUGUUAAAACUAGUCAAUUCUAAUGUAGUUAGAAAGGAUAGUAAAUACGUAGUCCAGAAAUAUAUAGAGCGGCCAUUACUGGUAUAUAAUACAAAAUUUGAUAUUCGGCAGUGGUUUUUGGUGACAGAUUGGAAUCCCCUGACCAUCUGGUUCUAUCAGGACAGUUAUCUUCGGUUCUGUUCCCAGCAAUACACCCUGGAUGAUUUUGAUGAGUCCAUCCAUCUGUCAAAUAACGCCAUACAGAAACAUUAUAAAAACGGUCCGCGAUCCAAUCAACUUCCAGAUGAUAAUAUGUGGACCCAUGAACAAUUUAAAGAUUAUCUGAAAACUAAGAAUGUAGGAAAUCUCUGGGAUGAUAUGAUUUAUCCUGGAAUGAAGAAAGCUAUACAGUGUGCUCUGUUAACAGCUCAAGAUAUUAUAGAAUACAGAAAGUCCUCGUUUGAGUUAUAUGGUGCUGAUUUUAUGUUAACGGAAGACUAUGCUCCGUGGUUGAUAGAAAUUAACUCCUCUCCCAGUAUGGAGGCUAGUACAGCUGUUACAGCCAGAAUGUGUAACAAUGUCUUAGAUGAUACUAUCAAAGUUGUGAUCGAUAGAAAACAGGAUAGAAACUGUGACAUCGGGCGAUUUGAGUUGUCAUAUAAACAACCAAUAGUUACUGUCCCUCCAUAUAUAGGCAUAAACUUACAAGUUGAAGGUUCUGCUAUUAGGAAACCGUUCGGGUACAAAAAGGUAGAAUCCGUGUCCCCACAAACAUCGCGACAUAAUGUGUCGGAGAAAAAUUCUGCUACUGCUUUAAACAACGAAUCAAAACCUAAAGACAAUGUAUCUAGUUCAAAUGAUAGUGCACCCAAAAAAGACAUGGCUAAAAAAUCCCCUACCCAUGGUGCAUCAGUGAAUACGUCGUAUUUGAAACAGUUACCGAAAUGUGGAACAAACUCUGUGGAAGCCAGCGAAUCGGAUUGCAAGGUGCAAUCUUCCCUCAGCGAUACUGGUAUCAGCCGAUCUCAGUAUUAUAAACCAUUGGAUAUGUCUUCGAAACAUUCCAAAUCAGGUGGCGCCACCCGGCAACCAGAACCACCAUCACAACCAAAGCUGUGUUUACAUACACCUUAUGUUUCUGUCGGCAACAGAAGAAUCGUCUCCAAGACGUCUGUUUCUAUGAACUACAGUAUUCCUGGUUCGAUUGCUGAUAAACCGUUCCGACCUGCUGUUUCUGUCAAGAACGUAGAAACAACAGAUUUUCGUCAUAUCAAAGCUCAAAAAGGUAAAAACGAUUCCAAUCUCGCGGCAUGUUUGUAUCCAGUGACGAAAAUUAAGCGUAAGACUAAAAAGACCAAGGUCAAACCUGCGGUUAGAAAUCCAAAACCACAUAUUACACUUAAAUUCCCCAAAGUUACAUAUUUAAAUGCAGACGACACCACGACUGACAAAACUUCAAAUAAUCUCCCAAAACUGAAAAUGUUCAAUCUUUCAAAAUCCCAAGAAUCUGUCUUUCGACCAAAUAUGGCAACAGUUGCAAAAGUUGGUAGUAAUUAG